CAAAACCAAUUAGCAAAAAUACCAAAAACACCCCAUCUUCUGCAGCCUCAGUGGGGCUUUUCAGCCAAACCCUCCCUUUAACACACCACCGUCGGUUCUUCUCGGCGAAAAUACAAACGAAGGAAGAGAGCAACUCUCGUCACAACAGAUGGCUUUGAGAGGUGUAUGGCAACUGCAAAAGCUGAUUGUGAGCUAUUCUGAUUGGGGUGGAAGUAGUAGGGGCAUCAGGGCAUUUAUGGAGUCUCAGCUGCCAGCAUUUAGAGAGAAAAGUCCUCAGCUAGAAGUUGUUACUGAACUCAUCCGUGGUCAGCAUCCGCAUUUGAAAGGCUUUUACCGGAACAAAAAUCAACGGGUGAUAUGUGUGAAGAAUAUGGAUCCAGAAGACAUACUUCUACAUGCAACCAGGCUAAGGAAUGCAUUGGGAAGAAAGGUGGUGAAAUUGAAGACAAGACAUGUGACCAAACACCCUAGCGUUCAGGGCACAUGGACAACGGAUGUGAAAUUUUGAGGCAGAAGAAACAGCUCCAAUGAGGAGCUUCUAUUGGUGUGUUCUAGUAGUUCGCUCUGUUUAGCGAUAAGUACCAUGCCUACUGGAACCCUAAUGUUUUUAAAUGGAGUUUUUUGUUUGAAAAAAAUGUUUUGAUAUGACAAAAAGAUAAGAGUAGUUGCGGUGUUUUGUA